CGCAUGACGCACCAUACCAAUGUCAAAACACAGCAGAGAAAGGUUAGGAGGGAAUUGUUGUCGUUGUUGUCGAUGCUCCUGACGUUCCUUGAUUAAGUGAUUGAAACAACCUAGAUCACUCGAUUUUCUCUUUAAUUAAUGUUUGCUGUUUCAAACCUUUCGAGGAGAGUGACUGUCUCUCUAAAGAGUACCACAAUUAUAGUGAAUAACAAAUUGUGAAAUUUUCCAUAGUAUGCCCUGCCAUGGAUGUGCAACUUCCUUUGGUCUCUGGACUAAAGAUGUUGGUUGCGUCUCUUGUGGCUUCUCUUUCUGCAAUUCCUGUUUGAAACAAAAAUGUGCUGUUCCUAAAUUAAACGGUAAAGUUUCCAAAGUGUGCCAGCAGUGUUUCAGUACUUUAUCAAGCAGCGAAUCUUCUACAGACUCCAAAAUGUCUCAGCAUGAAGGACCACCCGACAUAUUUCUCAAGAGACUAGAUGCCCUUGAUGGUCAAUUCAAGCCACCUGUUACCAUGUAUCGUGCUGAGCCUCGCAUGCAAAAACUUUUAAAAGGCUUGAACAGUAUUGAUUUAGACAUAGUGAGACGCUUGGAGAAAUUACGUGAAGACCGCCGAACAUCUGAAAAUGUUCCUUCCGAUGAUGAAUUGGCUCGUAGAUUAGCCAUGCUAAAAGGGGUGGACCUGGAUGACCACACUCCUAAAAAGACCUCUACUCACCAAGCUCCUGACAAUCGAUCAGCAGAGCAGCAGAGCAAUGAUCUGUUCUCACAAUGCAAAGAGGAGGUGGAAAUUGAUUCAAAGAUACCAAACCCUGAUGAUGAAAUUAGGGAGCGAUUAAAUAGGCUCCGAGGCCAGAUUGAUGUUCCUGCUCAGGUUUCAUCAACUGAAGGUAGUGAAAAAGUAGUUACUCUAGAUGAAAUCGCCCAAAUACUUUCACAAGUUAAAAUGGAGGCUUCAGAAAAGGGCACACAACCGGACUUUGCUACUAUUGUGAGUCUUGAAACACUCAGAGCUCAGGUGGUCAAAGAAACUGAUAAAAUCGGAGAAGAAUCUGAUUCUGAUGAGGAAGCAGCUGCUGCAAAAAUCAUUUCAAAAGUACAAGCCCAAGUGGACUUGGAGAAAAGCUGUGGCAUUGAAGUAUCUGAUGAAGAAGAAGCAAUGGAUGCAGAGAAUGAUAAGGAAGAGCUACCAUGGUGCAUAAUUUGCAAUGAAGAUGCUAAAAUUCGGUGUUUAGGGUGUGACCGCGAUCUGUACUGUAAAAGUUGUUUCCAGGAAGGCCACAUGGAUGAAGAUAUGAAAUGUCACAGUUUUGAGCCUUACAAGAAGUAAGCUUUACUCCAUGGCAAUGGAUACUCAUUAAUUGCCUGCACCUUCAUUCCUUAAUCUCACUCCAAAAAUGGUACACUGAAAAACUUCUUCUUUGUUUAUUGGGGAAAUAUGAAUGUCGAGCCAUGUCACCACCCUAGGUGUAAUUUAUGUGCUUAAAGCUACUAUAUCUGAAUCACCAAAUUUGCUAGCUGAUGUAACUAAAAAUAUGAAUUAAGACUUUUCUAUGUAUUACUUAGCAUUUACAGCAACCAAUGAUAGUUAUAGUUAGCAUCUUAAAAGCAUUGCACAUAUUCAGAAGCAAGAGAGAGGGACAGAAGGGGGGGGGGGGGGGCUACACACAAAUUAUAUUUCAGCUUGUUGCGAUUUUACUGGCACCAGUUUAUAUAUAUAACCUUGUUUUAAUAAAAAAAUAUUUAAAAUCUUA